AUUUUCCUAUAAAAAAGAGGGUGAAAAGCUUUGGUUUGGGUCUUGGUUUCCGGAAAAAGCGGAGACGGCGUUGCUUACGUACAGCUUGGAUCUUGUCGCGAACCAAACAAAAGCCAUGGAGAAGAUUGGGAAGAGAUUUCAAGGCAAGGUCGCGAUUGUCACGGCCUCCACCCAGGGCAUAGGCUUCAGCAUCGCCGAGCGUCUCGGCUUGGAAGGUGCCUCUGUUGUCAUCUCAUCUCGCAGACAGAAAAAUGUAGAUGAGGCAGUGGAGAAGCUUAAAGCAAGAGGAAUUGAAGUGUUUGGAGUGGUUUGUCAUGUGUCUGUUGCUCAACAAAGAAAGAAUCUUGUAGAAAAGACUGUUCAG